AUGUCGCAAAGCCAGGCCAGUAUUGGGCAGCAAUCAAGGCCAACCAGGGGAGGGUCAGAGGCAGCUGCAAGAGAUACCUCUCGACCAAAGCAGGAUGAGUGGACAGAGAUCAAAGAUCCUGGAGAGAGGAGGAAGAUACAGAACAAGCUCGCGCAGCGGCGCUUUCGUGAGUUCCCGGAUCCCAUCUGCAUCGGCGGAAGAGACAAGCAACGAGAACAGAAAGAAGAAACGGAACGCGAGAUGGAGAACCAACGCCGAGCGGGCGGCUCCUAUGCAUCACCCGAGCCUGGUGAUAUUGAUCCAGGCCAAGAGCUCUCUGGUCUUCCAUGGGGCGGCAUCUCGAUGCGGCACAUUGUUGAGGCAGGCAAAAACAAGGAACAGAACUCUCAGCAGAGCUCUCGAGAAAACUCGGUCCACGCCGCUUCACGGAACGGAGGGAGCAGCAGAUUAGGGCUGCGCCUUACUGACCAGUUUGCAAGGGGCUAUCCAGCAUGGAGAUGGUUCCCUUAUCGAGCUUACCGUCAUCCGGGUUGGAGUACUCGAUGAUCAGGCGC